AUGUCCGUUCGUUUGAUCUUCAAUGGCCCUAUGGGCCCCUCUGCGGUCAACAGCAUUGCCCGUGCCUCUCCCGUUUCCCGAUUCGGCUCACAAGGAGCAUUGGCGCAACUUGCUCGCUUCCACUCGACUGCUGUUCGUCCGUCGUGUGCCGUCCAGAACCAAGACCUCCGGCCUCAUGUUCGACCUUCUACCAUUUCACAGAGCCGCUCAGCUGGUCUGCGUGCUCAGUCUACCUCGGCCGCUGGCAAUAAUGAGGUGAAGCUGGACUGGGAUUCCUUCUUCAAGCUCCGGGCUUCUCGCCGUCGCUACUCCCUGGCCUCCUCGAUUAUCAGCUCCCUCGUCUCUACCACGGUCGGUGUGCAGGUUCUCUCAUCGCAGGACUUGGAGGCUUUGGGUGCUCAGGUGAUGGGUCUGGAUCCGUUUGUCGUUCUGGGUAUGGCGACCGCAGCCUGUGGUGCUGCUGGCUGGCUGGUUGGCCCAGCUGUUGGCAAUGGCGUCUGGGGCUUGGUGUACCGCCGGUAUAAGCCUUCUGUGGCAACAAAAGAGAAGGAGUUCUUCGACCGUAUCAAGCGAUUCCGUGUGGACCCGUCCACCAACUCAAUUGCGAACCCCGUCCCCGACUACUACGGCGAGAAGAUUGGCAGUGUGCAGGGAUACCGACAGUGGCUCAAGGAUCAGCGCGCGUACAACCGCAAGCGCCGCAACUUCAUCGUCUAA